AUGGUCGAGCUCAUUAGUCCUCCGGACCCACGUUCACUGCUUCCACCGCUUCUGGCCUGUCUCCCCACAGCUUUCGUUUCGCCGCGCCCGCCACCAGCUCUCCUCCCUGUCCUCUCUCCGAUCCUGCGCCAGCGUGUCCAGAUCCUCACCUCGGUUUCCACCUCGCCCUCUGACUCCUGGCUCCGGCUCCUCUGUUGGGAUGCCUCAAAGGCCGAACGCCUGCAGAGCAUCGUCGACGAUGCCAGUUUCGAGCCACACCCGGUCUCCGGCGAGAUUGACCUCCCGGGCGACAUUCCGAUAGCCUACAAACGCAUUGAUGACGAGACCCUACAGGCGCAGGUCCGGCUCCCGGAGUACCGCCUGACGGUGAUCUAUCUCUGGUGCCCCGACGACGACGCUGGCGGCGGCCGGGGCUGGCGUGUGGCGGAAGUGCUUCCGCGCGAGGGCCCCGCGGACGAUGAAAGCUCGUGGGCUGCCUCGAUCAGCGAGGCAAAUGCCCAGGCCAAAGAACAACUCUUCGCCGACGUCCUCGACGAUCGUGCGGAGGGCCAGCCCGGAAACAAUGGCCCGCAGGAACAAGCGCCGGAGGAUGACGACGACGACGAUGAUUACUGGGCCCAGUACGAUGCCACACCGGGGAACAAGACCCCGGCCCCGCGGACGCAAUCAUCCAACCUCCCGCCCUCUGGUCUCUCGGAGGCGUCCUACUUCUCCCAAUACGGCAACGUCCAGCCCGCUAUGGACAACCACGACCCCGAAGAAGAGCAGCCGGAAGUCGGCCCCUCGUCCUUAAACGGAGAUAUGCUGGCCAGCUUGCUGCGGCGCCAGGUAAACGGUCUCGACGCCAAGGCGCCGCGCACCAACGGCUAUGCCGCGGGUGACGUGCCCAACGACGAAGCAGCUCGCGCCCUAAGCCAUCCCCGCCCCGCGUCCGCCUCAUCCACCAGCUCGGAUGCGGUCGCCCGGCUGGAGCUGGAGGCAGAGAGCCAGUCCACAUACGAAGUUGGCGUGAAGCAGCACAUCGGCACGAGCAUCAAGAGCUUGUUCCGUCUGGCCAAGGCGACGGGCAUGUCGCGGGUAGACUUCCAGGCCUUGGUGCAGACGGAAUUGGAGCUACUGGAGGUCACGGACGAUGAGUGA